GCAGGAAGCUUGACGUCACGUUUGUUUUGGGAGAACGACGGAGACGACAGGAAAAUGGAGCAAAGCGCUGAGGAUUAUAAGCUGAUAUUUGAGAAGGAGGGGGUAUACCUCCACACAAAUGCCAAGAGGAGUAACCAGGACACUAGCAUCCCAGGGUUCAUCCGCAUUGUGGAGCGGGCUGGGCUGCCAGCUCUAGAGUGGAGUCCACUGGAGGAUGACGGUCGCAACGCUCCUGCUGUACUCUACAGCAAAAAGGAUGGUGAAGGAGGGGAAGAGGAUACAAACUUCGACCCAGGGUAUGAGCCAGACUGGGCAGUUAUAAGCACGGUGAAGAAAGAACGAGAACACGUCCCAGUCAAAAAUUCAGGUCAGUGGGCGUUCUCGCUGCCUCUCUCAGAGCUGUACUCUCUUCGGCGGUCUCGGUUCUCCUUGGGUCGCAACUUUCUCGUGCUGACUAGUAGAGGUGGUCACCCACUGCCUCCUUUGCACUUCCACAGAGGAGGAACCCGAGAACUGCUGAGGGCACUUCAGCGCUACAUCAUUCUGGACCCGUCACCACUUGACGGGCGGCUCUUCCUUGCCUACCCCCAGGACUCAGGCACGCUCCCUCAGUCCUUUGAUAGGCUGCAGUUUCUUGAGGAUGGAGGCAAUGAUCUUGUCUCAAGAUUUAUCCAUGACCCGUAUGCCACUACAUUUGGUGGAUUCUCCAAAGUCACAAAUUUCUUCAGGGCAGCACUUCGGCCUCCAGAGUCCCCCAUCCACACACGUACUCCUCAGGAUCCCAGUUUGCCUCCACAGCCGGAUGAAGAGCCCGGAUUCGAACUCAUCACCUGCGGUGUGGAACUUGGUCCCAAACCAGAUGUAACAAGGGGACAGCCUCUGGAUAAGUGGGAGGAGUUUUUGGACUCUGAGGGGCGAGUGACUUGCAAAGAAAAAAUCAAAGAACUUGUGUUCAGAGGGGUAGGACAGGAUGAGUACUUCAGGAUGAAGGUGCAGUGGAAGUCUGUCAGUGAAGAGCAGGAGAUGAGAAACUCCCUCCUCAGAGGAUACAGAAGCCUGAUAGAGAGAGACGUCAACAGGACAGACAGACACAACACUUUCUUCUCUGGGAAUGACAAUCCGGGACUGACCCUGCUUCACGACGUGCUGAUGACUUACUGCAUGUACAACUUUGAUCUGGGUUAUGUGCAGGGGAUGAGUGAUCUUCUUUCUCCUAUCCUGUUCGUCACCCAGAAUGAGGUGGAGUCAUUCUGGUGUCUGACAGGAUUCAUGGAGCUGGUGCACCAGAACUUUGAAGAGUCUCAGGAGGCCAUGAAGCAGCAGCUUCUUCAGCUCAGUAUCCUGCUGAAGGCGCUGGACCCAGAGCUCUGUGACUUCCUGGACUCUCAGGACAGCGGCUCGCUUUGCUUCUGUUUCCGCUGGCUGCUCAUCUGGUUCAAGAGAGAGUUUUCCUUUGAGGAUAUCCUCACACUGUGGGAGGUCCUCUGGACUCGUCUUCCAUGUGAAAACUUCCACCUGCUGAUCGCCUGUUCGAUCCUCGAGUCCCAGCGAGAAGAGCUGAUAGGCUCGAACCAUGACUUCAACACUAUUCUGAAGCACAUUAACGAGUUGACAAUGAAGUUGGACCUGCAGAGCGUUCUGCGUGGAGCCGAGGCCAUCUACCUACAGCUGUUUUUGUGCCAGGAGCUUCCUGUUAAGGUGAAGCAGGUCCUGGGCCUCUACGUCCCACCCAGCUCAGAGGAAGAGAGCCCAGACUCACAGGCCAGCGAGACACAGCGCCUCCUCAGCCAAUCACAGGAAGGAGCUGCAGCUUCCAAUUCAGCGUGUGGCCCCAGCUGCCCUUAAAUCUGAUUAUCAGCUGGUGGACUGACACUCGCUAAGAGAUGUGUAAAAGACAUUUAUAUAUGAAAUAUGUACUAAAUAUUAUCCCAUGGUAUGGAGUGAAGACUGUUGUUACUGAUGGUCAGAGGCAGGGGGCACUGUGGAGGCUCUUUUCUCUCGCUGUGUGUUCAUGAAAGUUACAAUCCAACGUGUUUAAACACUAUAGCCGUACUUGCAGUGCUGUUUUUGUGUGUAUGCUGUCCUCCUCUGUUUCCUCGUCACUUGUUUACAUCUCCUGUUUUCAUGACACUUUUGCUUCUGCUUUUACUUAUUAUUUAACUAUAUUAAUUCGUUUAUCCCUUGAUUACGUUUCAGUUUAUUUUGUGUUUUCUUACGGUCCUCUCACCACUCCUCCUGUAAAGGGAAAUAGACGAAGCAUAAACUCACUGGCAGUAUUUUGCUAGUACUGUAAGAUGCCAUUCCAGCCCUAUGCAAAGGUUGUGCAUGCCUUAUAGGUUCCACAUGCCACUUUGGUAAUAUUAAGCCUUGUAACUAUAUGUAUGAUGUUCUAGCAUUUUCAUCUCGUUAUUACCAAAUAAAUGGUUGAAUCAUAA